AUGGCUGCAACCCCAAUCAUAUGGCUUCAAGUUUACUCACUGUUCACAGAUCCUCAAAAACGAAAGCUUCGCAUCAAAUCAGCAUUUAUUCAAAACAAACGACAAUACGAUGGGAACGAAAAGGGCGGGAACGAACAAGGCGCAAGCGAAAAAGGCGGAAACGCAAAAGGGGGUCCCGAAAGAGACGGGAACGAAAGAGAAGAGUACGAAAGAGAAGAUACGAAAGAGAAGAAUACGAAAGAGAAGGGAACCGAACAGCCGGAGAAACCAAAGGCGGACCCAGUGCCGAGUGAUGAUGAGACUCCUCACCCGUGUGUGCAUACCGAUCUAGUCAUUGAGAUCCCAGGACGCGGAGAGUUUAGCACCAAAAUUCUCUGUGAGACUCUAAAGAAGACGAAGCUGGCUGCAGAGGACGAGGGUACUGCAGCUAAAGUCUAUCAAUAUCUCGCAGCUGGUAAAAAGCCCACUCGUGAUAUUUGUGCGGAAAAAAGAGAAGAGGCGCAUAAAGCCAGAAAGUAUGCAGAAGAGGAGUAUGAAGAUUUCCCAUAUUACCAGAUUGCGAGCAAGCGCCCCAGAAACAUGGUUACUGGGAAGUAUCUAAAAAAAUCCGAAGAAGAGCUAAGUAAAAUUGUAAACGCUUUUCAGAAAAGGGAAGUUGGGAAAACUGCACCGGAAUCGGACGAAGAUGGUGCUGUACUGCCGGAGAAAGACAAAAACCCGAAAUGCCAUCUCAGUAAGAAAAAUAUACCGUGGCAAGAACUUCAUAUGCGAGAUCCCUCGCUUCGAUACGAAAUCAACAAAAGAGGACCGGACCGCAAGAAACUCCCGCGGAACAAUGUUCAUGACAAUCUCGAUAUUUCUAGUCUAGAGAAGCGUCGUAAGGAGGUUGAGGACACCACGGGUAAUUUCAAGUGGCAUGAGACACACAGUGAGCGACGCAUCAGAGAAAAGGGUUUGUCUUCAACUACAGCAACAAAACAUUACCAAAAUUUACGGGGCGGAUAUUUCGUGUCAGCAACUGAGACUGCAGACGAUCACCAAGUCUCAUACGACAGCUCAGGAUUCGUUAAGCAAGUAUCCGCCUUUGCUUAUCCGCCUGAUGUCUGUAAACGUCUAAAUAUGCCUGAACAUAAUACUAGCGAUGCUCAACCACGACCAAUGACAACCGAGGGGUCAAAAAAGACUCGUGGACGCCGGGAAUUUCACGACGACAAUGGAUUUCCUCACCCCUCUCCUGUGAACUCUCGGUCUCACUCUCCAAACGAUCCAGACGAUCCAGACGAUCCUAGCAACGACGAGGGUGGCGACGAGGGUAACGACGAAGGUGAUCUUUUCAGGAAAUCAUAUUUAGAAGCUUCUGGGCAGGCCUAUACUCCUACUGGCCCUUGAUCCCCAGAAACCUCAGCGUAGGAAAAUCUAAGAAUGGGUACAGGCAAAGCCCCUUCCAGCCAAAGAGAUAUCCUUGUGAAAUCGGAAUUCUGUCCAAAUACGGCAUUACGAUUUCAGCCAAAUUGAGAGACCAGUGGUGGGACGCAAGAAGGAUUUAGCUUUACUAGCGAACAGGUGAGUUGGAACUUGGGUAAAAGCAAGGUCGAACUACACUUUCUGUUGUUGUUUUACG